AUGGCUUCUUCCACUGCCAAAAAGAUAGUCUCUGAGAUCCCCACCUGGAUCCGUGUCUACGACGACGGCACCGUCGAACGCCCUCGAAGCUUUCCACUGGUGCCACCUUCCCUUGAUGAUCCUGUAACCGGUGUCUCAUCAAAGGACAUAAUCAUCUCACAAAACACCAAACUCUCUGCACGCCUCUACCUUCCAAAGCUUGACAAUGACAAAGUGAAACUCCCCAUCUACAUCUACUUCCAUGGUGGUGGAUUCUUCUUUGAAUCCCACCGGAACACCCUCUUCCUGCAUGUUACCACGACUGUUGGGACGCUUUACAAUGGGUUGCAUCUCAUGCUUCCAAAAGCACCACCAACCGAGCCAUGGUUGACUGAUCAUGGUGAUUUUGACAAGGUUUUCAUAGGAGGUGACAGUGCCGGUGGCAAUAUUGCCCAUAACAUAGCCAUGCGUGCAGGGCUUGAGUCUUUGCCUUGUGCUGUUACAAUAUCAGGUGCUAUUUUAUCCCACCCUUAUUUCUGGGGCUCGCAACCUGUUGGAUCAGAAAGUGUUACGAAUCUGGAGCAGAAUAUGAACCGUUUGAUUUGGAAGUUAGUGUACCCUUGUGCACCUGGAGGGAUUGAUAACCCAAUGAUCAACCCAAUGGGUCCAGGUGCACCCAGCUUAGCUGGACUUGGGUGUUCCAAGGUUCUUGUGCUUGUUGCUGGCAAGGAUGAUUUAAGGGACAGAGGGCUUUGUUAUUACGAAGCUGUGAACAAGAGUGGGUGGCAAGGGAAGAUACAGCUCUUUGAAGACAAGGAUGAGAAUCAUGUUUUUUAUUUGUUCAAUUCGGAAUCUGACACCGCCACUCAAUUGAUCAAACGCAUGGCUUCUUUUCUCCUCGUAUUAUGUAGUAGUAUACUAUGUAUUUCCUUUCUUAAAUGCUGGCUUGAAAUAUCUGUGUUUUGA